AUGCCGGCCGAGAACAUUUAUCCCGCCAGCAAUGGGCGAUUCGCCGCGGCCACUCCCAGGGAGAGGUCUGCUGCCCCGGCCACGCCCUCUCGCAAGGACCGCCAAAGGGAGAGCUCGGCCAUGCAGGACCCGGGGCUCAAGGACUACAAUGAGAAUGCACCCCUCGUGAGAUGCAACAGUCGCUUGGGCGAAUGCCUCGGAAAGGGAGCCUUUGGAUCGGUGUACAAGGCCUUCAACUGGGGCACCGGAGAGGCCGUGGCCAUUAAGCAGAUAAAGCUGACGGAUCUGCCAAAGAGCGAGCAGCGGAUGAUAGAGGUAAGCUUGGCGAUUCCAGAUCAGUUCUGGUACUGCGAGAACGGCUCGCUCCAUUCGAUAUGCAGAGAAUAUGGCAAGUUUCCCGAAAACCUAGUCGGCGUCUACACCACCCAAGUUCUCCAGGGCCUUCAGUACCUUCAUGACCAGGGUGUCAUCCAUCGCGAUAUCAAGGGCGCCAACAUUCUCACCACCAAAGACGGGAUAGUCAAGCUUGCCGACUUUGGUGUCUCAACCAGCACGCUGGCUGGUGGCCAGGACAAGGAGGCGCAAGUUGUUGGCACUCCUUACUGGAUGGCCCCCGAAAUCAUCCAGCUGUCCGGCGCCAGCCCCGCCUCGGAUAUCUGGAGUGUUGGAUGCACCGUUAUCGAACUUCUUCAGGGCAGGCCUCCAUACCAUAACCUGGCCGCCAUGCCGGCGUUAUUCGCCAUUGUCAACGACGACCACCCUCCACUGCCCGAAGGCAUCUCAGCUGCUGCCAGAGAUUUCCUCAUGCAGUGCUUUCAGAAGGAUCCCAAUCUCAGAGUGUCGGCCCGAAAAUUGCUCAAGCAUGCUUGGAUUGUAGGAUGCCGCCGCACAGACGCGCCCAUUUCAAAGACUCCGUCCAACUUCGAUGAUGCCGUUGAAGAGGUCAAACAAUGGAAUAAGGCGCUCAAUUCCUCGGGGACUUCUCUUCGCACGUCCCUCGGCUCCGAUGCCGUGUCUCGAAUUUCUAGCGGAACACCGUCUAAGGGCCGGUUAAGCCUUGCCAAACCAAGGCUCAGCGCUGGUGCUGGUGCUGAUGAUGAUAAUUGGGACGACGACUUUGCAACAGCCAUUUCUCCCAGUGCUUUGCAACUUCCGCAUCUAAGGCCACAAGAUAACUUUGGGGGGCUUCUCUCUGCUGACAAACUCAAGGCUUUUGCGUCGGUGAAUGACCUCAAGGCCGAUAUGAACAAUUACGAUAACGAUUUUGAAGGCGAGAUGAUGACCAUCAAGGGGCCAAACAAUGAACUCUACCAAGAAUCCCAGGAGCAGACAAUAAGACCCGUGUCCAGGAGAAUGACAGCGUCGAAGCCGCCAUCGCCGCCAAAGGUAGUGCACCAAGGAUCCAGGUCGGCCCUCAAUCAAGCAGCUGCUGUUUCAUCUAAUCUAUCUCGGACGAAAUCGCCUCCAAAGCCACACUUUGGGAACAAGUUCGAAUUGCCCCCUCGCCCUGGCGCUAUUUACCGAGAGCAAAGCUCGGAGGACUACUCCGAUCUCUUUUCUGAUGACGACAGUGUGUUUGACCAGAAGGUUCAUCAAGCCGUCCGAAAGGGCGGCCUGCGUCAACCUGAAGCACCUCAGCUCUUCCACCCAUCCGAUCUAACCAGCUUGCCCCGCUCCAUGCAGGCCCCUGACGGCAGUGUUGUAAGGAAAAAGGCUUUAUCAAGACCGUCAGUCCUCCCCGAUCGUCCCAUGAGACGCACUCGCUCUUCUAUCGAGAUUCAGAAGUUCGCCGAAGAUGAUGAUGAGGACUUCUCGGACGUUUUCGGGCCCGAGGAAUCUAUAGCCGAAAGGGAAGAAAGUGAACGGGGCUCCGAGGAAGCCGGCCUGAUGCUCCUGUCAAGAAUCUCAGGAAACUCUUGGCUAGGCGACGAUGAUGACGAAGAUGACCCAUUCGCGUCUAUGGACCCAGGGUGGGAUGAGAUGGACAUGGACGCGAAGAUUGCGCGGGACAGACAUGCGCGACUCGCUGAAAAAAUAGAAGAGCUAGUUGGUUCUCUGAAGACGACCGAAGGCGAAGACAUCUUGGCAGAUCUCUCUGAACAUUUACUUGGAUUGCUAUGGGAAAACCCAGAAGCAAAAAACCUAAUCAUCAGUGCUCAUGGGUUGCUGCCUCUAUUGGAAAUUCUGGAGCCCUGUACGGUGAAGAGUAGACACCAUAUGAUUCUUCAGCUGCUCAAGGUUGUCAACGCGAUCAUUCUUGAUGACGUUGAAAUUCAAGAGAACCUGUGCUUCGUCGGAGGAAUACCAAUCAUUACAAAGUUUGCGGCGCGCCAGUAUUCAAAUGAGAUUCGCCUUGAAGCCGCCGCAUUCGUCCGCCAAAUGUACCAGACAUCAACUUUGACGCUACAAAUGUUUGUCUCGGCGGGUGGUCUGAACGUUCUUGUCGAAUUUCUGGACGAAGAUUACGAUAGCUCUCGAGACCUGGUGCUGAUUGGUGUAAACGGUAUCUGGAACGUGUUUGAGCUGCAGGGCCCGACUCCGAAGAACGACUUUUGCCGAAUCUUCUCAAGGAGCAAAAUCCUCUAUCCGCUCGCACUUGUUCUGCAUCGCGUUCUUGAUGAAGAAGGGGAAGACGAGCUGAGUGAGCUGAUUGAGGGGCGCAUCGUCAACAUCUUUUACCUCUUCAGCCAAGCAGAGAAUUAUGUCAAGGAAGUGGUGGCAGAUCGCCAGGUGCUCAAGAGCGUUCUCAAGGAUCUCCGUCGGAUGACACCGGUCCAUCAGAUCACCAUGCUCAGGUUUAUCAAAAACCUGUCCAUGCUCUCAACAACCAUCGAGUCACUGCACUCGGCUGAUGCCAUCGACUUCCUCAUUGACCUAUUGAGUUACAGCAUGAAGAAAAACCACAAACACCUCCGCGAGAUCUCUAAUCAGGUUCUCAAUACGAUGUUCAACCUCUGCCGGCUAAGCAAGGAAAGGCAAGAAGAUGCUGCCGUCGGAGGUAUCAUCCCGCUGUUACUGCGGAUCAUGAAAACGGACCGGCCACCGAAAGAAUUCGCCUUGCCAAUUCUCUGUGACAUGGCGCAUUCGGGAUCCAAGGGGCGAAGAUACCUUUGGCAGAACAAGGGUCUCGACUUUUACGUGUCACUAUUGUCGGACCAGUAUUGGCAAGUCACUGCGCUGGAUGCCAUCUUGGUCUGGCUCCAGGAAGAAACAGCCAAUGUGGAGAACCAUCUGAUUGACAACAACUUCUCGCGAGCCAUUGUCUCCUGCUUUGGUACCAAUAGACUCAACGCAUUUGACUUUAACCUUUUGGAGCCGCUGCUCAAGCUUCUUCGGUUAAGUCCAGGCUUGACAGCAUCGCUAGCAAAGCCCGAGAUGUUUGCCGGUAUUACUCAGCGAUUAGGACACAAGAAGGCAGUAGUACGGCUUAACUUAUUAAGGCUCGUGCGUGCCAUUAUGGAUGUCUGUGAUCCUGGGGUCCUCGGAAGCGGAGAUGGUGCUCGGACACUCAACAGCGCCCAGAUGCGAUCCCUCAUGGACUCGAUUCAGAUUCUGGCAGAGAAGGAUUCCGCUGUGCUGGUUCGUAACCUUGCUUCGGAGCUGAUCAGGGCACACACUUCACCCCCAGCGUCAUCGGUCAUGAUGAGACACGAAGGGAUGGUUUCAUCUACCCAAGUCAACCUAUCAGCCUCGUCAAGGCGCGGGUCAAGGCACAACACAAACUACACUCCGCAAAGCUUACAGUCUCCCAUGUCUAUGCCUCAGACCCCGACGCAUAGGAGUAGAGGCAGUAGCAAUGCCUAUAUCGAAGUUGCCGCCAGUCCUCGGCGGUCAGGGGCAGCGGUAGAUCGGGAUAAUGCCGUAUACCGGCCUCAGAGCCGCGAAGGCCCCACGAACCUCCCCCGGCGAGUGAGCAAUGAUUCCAACACGAUGUCUAGUGGCGGAUCUAGCGGUUAUGGAGUGAAGAGCCGACUACCGCGAACUCCCGUCACAUCUAGCAUUCAGCAGCGUAGCAGCGCGGGGAUGUUGAGAGGAGAGUUCAUGGCCCCCAUGGUUGUCCGCAGCGAGAGCAAUCUCAGCAGCAAUGGAUCCCGGCCGAGCAGUAGCGCCAGCUCGGGCAUGGUUUCCACUCCGAAAGCGAGACACAAGACGUCGUCGUCGUCAAUCGACGUUAUGCGGCAGUCGAGCCGAUGA